AUGGCCUCUGCUGCCAGAACCUUCUCGCGGGCGUUCGCUCGCUCCGCCUCCGUCAGACCUGCUGUGCGCAGCUCCCGUCUGGCCGUCCCUGCUCAGACUUUCCGUACCAACUUCCGUCGCGGAUAUGCCUCUGAGGCCGACUCAGGAAAGUCGUCCAAGACUUUCCUCUGGGUCGGGCUCGCUGCCGCUGGUGGCGCGGGUGCAUACUUCUACCUCAACGGCGCAGAUGCCUCGGCCAAGAGCAGCUCCUUCGUGCCCACCAAGGAGGACUACCAGAAGAUCUAUAACGAGAUCGCCAGCCGCCUGGAUGUUGAGAACUAUGACGAUGGCAGCUACGGACCUGUUCUCGUUCGUCUGGCGUGGCACGCAAGCGGUACCUAUGACAAGGAGACGGGAACCGGUGGUAGCAACGGUGCCACUAUGCGAUUCGCGCCUGAGUCGGACCACGGUGCCAAUGCUGGUCUGAAGUACGCCCGGGAUUUCCUGGAGCCCAUCAAGGAAAAGUACCCUUGGAUUACCUACUCUGACCUGUGGACUCUUGCCGGAGUCGCUGGCAUCCAGGAGCUGGGAGGCCCUGUUAUCCCAUGGAGACCUGGCCGCCAGGACAAGGACGUCGCUGCCUGUACUCCUGAUGGACGUCUCCCCGACGGAAGCAAGGACCAGAAGCACGUCCGUGACGUCUUCGGCCGCAUGGGCUUCAACGACCAGGAAAUGGUUGCUCUGAUCGGUGCCCAUGCUCUGGGCCGCUGCCACACUGACCGCUCUGGAAACGACGGUCCCUGGACAUUCAGCCCUACCACCUUCAGCAACGAGUUCUUCAGACUACUCUUUGAUGAGAAGUGGCAGUGGAGAAAGUGGAACGGCCCGGCCCAGUACACCGAUAAAUCCACCAAGACUUUGAUGAUGCUUCCUGCUGACAUGGCCCUCGUCAAGGACAAGGAGUUCAAGAAGUGGGCCGAGAAGUACGCCAGGGACAGCGAUGCCUUCUUCAAGGACUUCUCCGACGCCUUUGUCAAGCUCCUCGAGCUCGGUGUUCCCUUCACUAGCAAGGCUGAGGACCGAUUUGUCUUCAAGACUUCGGACGCCGAGCCCGACCCUAUCGAACAAGAUUUCUACGCCAUACUCGGCCUCCCCUUCACAGGCGCCUCGUCGACAUCUUUCUCAAAGCAGCAGAUUAAAGUCGCAUAUCAUCGCGCUCUACUGAAAUAUCAUCCCGAUAAAGCGACUGCCGCUACGGGGUCUGUGACGACAACAAAGUCGCCCACGUCCACAUCCUCGACGGAUCAGACGAGAGCAGAAACCUACACAUAUACAGUGGACGAGAUCACGACUGCGUAUAAGACGCUCUCCGAUCCAUUUCUUCGUGCAGAGUAUGAUCGCUCACUACGAUUGAGCAGGCUCAAGGCUGGAGAGAAGCAUGGGAACGCGGACGUGUUUCAUACGGGCUUGGAGGUAGUUGAUCUGGAGGAUCUGGGUUAUGAAGAGGGCGAUGAGACAUUAGAAGGAGGUGGUAAUGACGAUGGCGCCGAUGGUGAUGGUGCUGGGUCAUAUUGGUAUCGCAGUUGCAGGUGUGGUGAUGAGAAGGGUUUUCUGGUCACGGAGCAGGAUCUGGAAAGGGAGGCUGAGCAUGGGGAAAUCAUCAUCGGGUGUCGAGGGUGUAGUCUUUGGAUGAAGAUCUUGUUCGCAGUUGAGGCUGAUGAUGGAGAUGAUGAUACUGGAGAGAAGGGAAAUACGUGA